AACAGGGUGCCAGGUUCCCUUAGGUAGGCUAGUGCGUUCCCAGACCUCAACAUUCUCUCAAACCCCUUCAUGGGUCUGCUCACUCUUCGGCCGUGCGGUGUCUUCCCACUUCUGACAUCAGUGUAGUGAACUGGGCGGUGAUCUGACUCUGAAUAUCCGGAUUUAUGAUUAUCCAUGCAGCAUUGUAACAAAGCACUGCAGGUAUGAUUGAAUUCUAGUAUAAUUCAUAUUCAUACAAAAUGUGAUCAAUUGUUUGUUUUAUUUAUCAUAUUUAUGGACCUUUGAUUUAUAUAAUAUUUUAGGUAGAGGAAUAGAUAACGUAACAUAUGCGAGCACGCGCCAUAGUGCGCACACAGAAUCGGCAUCAUCAUCAUUUUUUUAGGGGGAAAAAGCACCAAACGUGACUGAAUAUCCGACCAACCUCCUUGACGUCAGAUAGCUGCACUUGCAUGAGAGAGAUGUCGACUUCCUCGAAUUUGGGAUUUCCAAAAGCACAGGAAACAACUAAAGUACAUCAUUUACUUUUUCGUCCGUCGUUUCCAGGUGAAAUGAGGCUCAGCAUUAGACUUGCUUACCUUUUCCUGUAUAACCUGCUUCAGUUCUGUGGGCACACAUGGAUAUUUGCAAACAUGACAGCCAGGUUUCUCACGUUUGGUGGAGACGCGCUUGCUGACACCUUCUAUGCUGUGGGGGUUGUGAUGAGUCUAUGCCAGCUGUUGUCCGUGCUCGAGCUCUUCCACAUCGCUGAUGGGAUCGAGAAGGCACGCCUUCUGCCACGAUUUGUUCAAGUUAUGACCAGAAACUUCCUACUAUUUAUGGUGAUAGUCAGUCAAGAGGAGGUCCAGAGUAAACCAGUUGUGUGUGCACAGUUUUACCUGUGGAAUAUUCUAGAUCUGUUAAGGUACCCCCAUGUUCUCCUGUGUUUGAUGGGCACGGAUUCCUUUGGCAUGCUGUGGGCUCGAUACACCCUAUCCAUCCCCAUCUACAUAAUGUCAGUCAUCACAGAAGGGGCUUGUGUAACAGUGUGGCAUUCACUGAGGGCGAGAGAACUGCGUCUUGAGAAGUGGAAUAAGAAGAUUAAAAGGAAAUGAGGUGGAUUUCUUAUUUUAGGAUAUAUCACUUUGGGAGUUACUUAAGAAGACAUGAAGACAUUAUUACCCAACAGCAAAUGAGAACAUCUUCCUAAGAAGCCUUCUUUGCACAACAUUGCUUUGAUGAGGUCACACUUUCAGAAUAGUUGGAUGAGCAAAAUGUUUAUAAAUGUGUUCAGUUGAGAAACUUGCUGGUCUUUUCUUCCAAGGCUUGAUGUCCAAUCUAAGCACUACUCAGUCUAAAAUGAACAAAACAUCAGAAAAUCAGUUUGUGUUAACAUCUCAAGUGUUUUAAUGAGGAACUCAUGGUUGCACAACAAGUGUUUUUCUCAAUAACGUUAGUAAAGCAAACAAUUCCACAGUACAAUUGGCAGGAAUGAUAAGCUUCCAUAUAUAUAUAUAUAUAUAUAUAUAUAUAUUUAUCAUCUUGUUAUGGGGAAAAUAGAUUGUUUCAUGGCCAAACAAUCCCACUGUCGAAAGCCCACCUUAAAGCCAGGGCAGGCACAGGGGUGUCUAGACUCUCUCCACAAGGCCUUUCCACAGGGCAGGAGUUUUAAAGCUAGAUUACUUAGUUGCUACAUCCAUUUUUAUAUAUACCAAUUGAUUCUUGAAGAAUGUAACUUGCCUCAUGAGCAUAGUUCAAUUGUUGUACUUCAUUAUAAGCUUGUUUUACUCCAAUGUAAAAAAUAAAUAAAGCAAACAAACACUG